AUGACCAACGCAAACCCACCUCUCUUGCAACAUUAUGGAGUUCUUUGCCAACACGGAGAAACUCCUGCAGUUCAGCAACGUGAUUGUGGGAACAAUGGAGCUGCCAUGGAGGAAUGCCAGCUGCCAUUGAUAGAUCUUGAGGGCCUGUGGAGUGAGAGUGAAGAGGAGAGGCUGGCCUGCGCAUCAGCAAUUGGUAGGGCGUCGUCCAAGUGGGGAUUCUUCCAAGUGGUGAACCAUGGGAUCAGGCCUGAGCUGCUGAGUGAGAUGAGGAGAGAGCAAGUGAAGUUGUUUGAGACACCAUUUGAAAGGAAGGCUGCUUGUCAGCUUCUGGAUAAUUCAUACAGGUGGGGAACUCCAACUGCUACUUGUCUCAAGGAGUUCUCUUGGUCGGAAGCUUUCCACAUUCCUCUCACUAAGGUUUCAGAAGAAGCUUGCUAUGGAGAAUUUUGCUCCCUGAGGGAAGUGAUGCAGGAAUUUGCAAAGGCCAUGUCAAACCUUGCAAGGUUGCUUGCAGGAGUUCUAGCAGAGAGUUUGGGACACCAGAAGGGAGUGUUUGAUGAAAUUUGCGACGAAAGCACCUGCUUUCUUCGCUUGAAUCGCUACCCUCCCUGUCCAGUAUCGCCAGAGGUGUUUGGCUUAGUCCCGCACACUGACAGUGAUUUCCUCACAAUACUUUACCAGGAUGAAGUCGGUGGACUUCAACUCAUGAAGGAUUCCAAAUGGGUAGCUGUUAAACCAAAUAAAGACACACUCAUUGUCAACAUUGGCGAUCUUUUUCAGGCGUGGAGCAACAAUGAGUACAAAAGUGUAGAGCAUCAGGUGAUGGCUAAUGCAAUAAAGGAGAGAUACUCAAUAGCUUACUUCCUAUGCCCCUCAUAUGAUGCUUUCAUAGGGAGUUGCAGCGAGCCUACUAUUUACAGAAAAUUCACUUUUGGAGAGUACAGACAACAAGUUCAAGAAGAUGUCAAGAAAACUGGACACAAAGUAGGCCUUCCAAGGUUUCUGCUUCAGACCACACAAUAGAUCAUAAGCAUGGUUG